CCUCAGUCAGUGACAAUGAUUCAGGUCUUGUCAGUUUUAGGACUUCUUGCUGCAGCUCAAGCGGGAUUCAUUGGAGGAGGAGGAGGAGGGGGUUAUGGCAGCGGGAUUCCUAUUCACGCAGGAGGUUACGGCCAGCAACCAGUAUACCCUUCCAUUCCAACACCUUACUCGUUUGGUUAUGUCGCUCCUGCUAUUGGUGGGCUUAGCGCACGCCAGGAAUCUGGAGAUGGAUCCGGUCGGGUGAGCGGUUCUUACAAGCUGUCUGAUGCAGAUGGACGCCAGAGGAAAGUCCAGUACACUGCUGGUCCAGAAGGUUUCAGAGCUCACGUCUACACUAACGAACCUGGUACCAAGAGUGAUAACCCUGCUGACGUGACCUUCCAGUCAUCCGCCCCUGUUCCCCCUCCUUACUACCCGCCUAGUAAGCCCUAUGGAUACGGAGGUUCUGUUGGUGGUCAUCAUAAAAUAGUUGUUGUUCCAUCUGGCGGUCCUUGGGAGUAGAUUGUUUUCUAAUUUGACCGAUUAUUGAUGAAUAUGUGUAAUAUAAAACUUAUCUAGCAUCUGACUUAUUCUUCUGUUAGUGUUUCUUUAAAGUGCCAAUUCUUUGUUGUUCGGUUUAUCUCUUCUCUGUUAAUAAUCUUUUAGUGUUCCAUUAAUACUGAUCCAGAUAUUGUAACUCGACAACAUGUAUGAAUAAAACCUAUUGUCUAGAAAAGUAAUCCCA